AUCUCUAUUGUUAGAUCCAUCUCUUUGGGUUGAUGGCUCAAUAGAUAAUCCUCAACAGCAGUGGUACAUUUAUACAUUAUCCCAUUGACAGCAUUGAUGAUAUCGUCGAUUAACGCGAUCGGUGGGAAUCCUAGGUGUUCAGUGAGGAGCUCGGUGGUGCGAGCAUCUGGAGCAGACAUUAUGAAUUUCUUGGUUUAUUUGGUGACUAUUCUUUUCAACUGUUUUCAAAUACUUUUCAAUUGUUUUCACUUUUUUGUUUAUAAAUUCAAAAUGUAAACAAAAAAAAGGAUUCGCGAAACAUCGCGAAAUGUCGCGAAUUCGUUUUCUGUUUUGUUUUGAUCAUCAUAAAAAUUUGGUUAAAAGCUUGAAAUUUAGAAACCCAUUCAUUUUUAUACCAAACCCACCACUAUUUCUUUGAAAAUGCUUCGAUGCUAUAGAUCAUUCUCCACUUCUGGGAUAAUACGGAAGAAAUACCAAUUAACCCCAGGUUUUGACUUGAAAUGUGGGCUAGAAAUUCAUUCUCAACUAGAUACAACCCAUAAACUAUUCUCAUUAUCUAAAACUUCAUUCCAAUCCUCUCCAAACUCCAAAAUCUCAUAUUUUGAUGCCUCAUUACCUGGUACACAACCCACUUUAAAUCCAGAACCUUUAUUAUUUGCCUUGAAAGCUGCCAAGGCACUCAAUUCAGACAUCAAUACCAACUCAACAUUUGAUAGAAAGCAUUAUUUCUAUGGUGAUCAACCAAUGGGGUACCAAAUAACUCAACAUUAUCAACCAUAUGCUAAAAACGGAUUCUUGAAGUUAUUACCUCAUGAUGGUGUACAGAAGGAGAAAAUUAUAAAUAUUGAACAAAUUCAAAUUGAACAAGAUACAGGGAAAUCGGUAUAUACUGAAUUUGAUAAUCAAGCAUUCUCUAAAAUUGAUUUAAACAGAACAAAUACUCCAUUGAUUGAAUUAGUUACGAAGCCUGAUUUCACAAAUCCAGAAGAAAUUAGAAUUUUCAUCAAAAAAUUUCAAAAUUUAGUUAGACAUUUAAAGAUUUGUACAGGUGAUUUAGAAACAGGUGCAAUGAGAGUUGAUGUUAAUAUAUCAAUAAAUAAUGGACAUCGUGUGGAAUUGAAGAAUUUAUCCACCACGAGUGCAGUGAUUCAAGCUGUUAAGUAUGAAUAUCAAAGACAAAUAGAUUUAGUUAAAUCUGGAGAAUCAGUUGUUCAAGAGACAAGAGGUUGGAAUGGUGCUAAGACUGUUAGGUUAAGAACUAAAGAAGCAGCUUUAGAUUAUAGAUAUAUGCCAGAUCCUGAAUUAGCUUCCAUCUGUUUGGAAGAUGAUAUUGAAACCAAACUAGUUUUACCAAAAUUACCAGAUGCCCUAUUGGAUGAAUUAAGAAAUGAUCCUUAUAAUCUAAGUGUUAAAGAUGCAACUAUUCUAACACAUGAUUUACAACUACUAGAUUAUUAUUUUGCGUUAUUUGGGAAGACCGUUUUGGGUGAUGUCUCAGUGGAGAGUAAAUUACCAGGGAAUUGGUUAAUUCAUGAAUUAUUAGGUGGGUUCACUAAAUUAAAUCUACCUUUUGAUCAAAAUUUAAUACCAGUUGAUAAAUUAAGUGAAUUAUUAAUUGCAAUCCAAUUGGAAAAAAUUACAAAAUCAAGUGCAAAACUAUUAUUACAACAUUUAAUGAAUAAUCCUCAAGAUCUAGAAACACCAAUCUUGAAUUUAAUUCAAGAAUUUGAUUUAGGAAAACAAGAUACUGUUGAUUUAAAUGAAAUUGAUACAAUAGUACAAGAUGUGAUGACUCAACAUGAGAAUAUUGUUCAAGAUUUACAAAAUGGGAAAAAAUUGAAUUCAAUCAAAUUUUUGAUUGGACAAUGUAUGAGACAAAGUCAAGGAAAGAUAAAGCCAAAUAUCUUUGAAAAUAGAUUAAAAGAGAUAAUAGGAAUAUAA